CGAUAAUUAAUCGGGGACCACCAUUUGUACCAAAUUAUUAUUCCUAUAACAUUAUGCGGACGUAGGGAGUGCUCGGCGACAAUAUGCCUUCGACCAUGCUGCCGUCAAGCCCUCCAGUGCGGGCAUGGAAGCCGGAGGUGUCGGUUGCGGAUUCACAAUAUUCGGUCAACUUGGACGGCUUGGACACAGAUGCGAGAUCAGAUGACUCCACAGGGAUACCACAUCCUGAAGUGGAGCGGAUAUUCUCAGAGGAUAUCGAUGGUCCGAGCGACUUCACUCAGAACAUGGGUGACUGGCUGCGUGGUGGGACCCUUCGAAAAAGCACACUGCACGGACUCAAGAAGCAGAUGGAUUCAAUGGCAAAAGCCCGCCACAAUCAAUUAGCCGAUCACGAGCAUCACUCACAAGACGCUGAAAAUGUCGAUGGCAAUGUGAAGGAAUUGUCUGAACACAACGAGGACGGUGGCGACGACGACGGUGACAACCACAGCCAUCACACUCCUUCUGACACGCCCCCGAGAAUAUCAGUCUCCCAGCGGACGCCCGUCGAUAGCUCUGAAUGGGAACCACAUGGCAUUACAUCAACUCCGUUUCCACGACCACGGCCGAACCUCUUGCAACCAACCGUAGAGGAUUAUUUCAGCGAGAUUUCUCCCAAUCGAUCGAUAUCAAGGCCUGAACCUUUGGACCCUCCUUUGGGCAGCUCCUUUAUUAAGACUCCACAAUCCAUUCGAAUCGAUCCACAACGGAACACCACUCAUUCUCGUGAUUCCUCGCCGUCUCCGUCAAUACAGCCCGAUCCGUCAGUCCAGGUGGAAGAUGACGAGGAAGACGAGGAAGAUCUCGAUUAUCAUGAAGAAAAUUCAAUCAUGAAUCCUUUGCACAACAAGUAUCAACAAUUGGAGCAAUUCAACGAUCUCUUACAAUCGGCGCUUAACGACGAAAGACAGCUGCGGAGUGAGGAUGGUCUUGCCCACAAAUCGCAAAUGCAGGAAGCAGAUCGACGUGAGGAGAAUCUUCGUGAGUCCAUUCGAGUCCUUACAUUGGAAAAUGAAGAACAGAGACAAGAAUACGAAGGCGUCAAAUCCCAACUUCAGCAACGAACCAAUGAGCUUGACAACAUGAAAUCAGACAAAGCCAGUGACGGUCAAAAUGGUAUUGCCCGACUCCAACAGGUGCAAAAAGAAAUGGACCUCGCCGCAAGUAAGCAUACAGAGGAGCUGCAAGCGCUCCGAAGAGACCUCGAGGCCGCACGCCGCAAGUUGCACGAUGCAAGCGAGGAUGCAGAAACGUACCGUGAGGAACUUGAUGACGCUCGUGAGAGUCACGAGGACGAGCUUAAUCGCCUGCGCCUCGAGCUGCAAAACGCUCGCGAGGAGGAAACGGCGACCGCCGAGCUCGAGCAACAGCUAGUCGUUACAAAGGCUGAAGUUGCUGCGGCAACUGUAGCUGCCGACGAAGCACAGGACGAGCUGCACCAAUUGCAGCAACAACUUUCGUCAGCCAAGCAAGAGCACAGCGAACAGCUCUCGCAGAGCACGCAAGAACGUACUCGUGCAGUAGAGCUUGCCACAACAUUCCAACAACAAAUACAGGAUCUUCGACGUCAGCUUCGCGAAGAGCGAGAAUCUCACGAUCGGGAUAUGAAAGCUCUACGAAACCACCAGAGCGAGAACAUAACCGUCUCCCGCCAAGAAGCCGAUCUGCUCCACCAAGCACAAGAAGCCAAGAUCACCGAAUUGAACGAAGCCGUUCUUGACCGAGACGAAGCUCGAGACGCAUUACAACAGGCACAACUCGAUCUCGAACAAUCCCGAGCCGAGCUCACAACGCUUCAGCAAACGCUCGCCGAUAUCCAGGCCGUGAAUGCGACCCUCGACGUUAGAGUCGCCGAGGCCUCACAACGGCGCGAGAACGCGUGGCGGGACAAAUAUAAUGAGCUGGAGCGGGAACGGCAGGUCAUGGCGAAAGCAUUAUUGCAUCAAUGGGGAAGGGAGGAGACUGGAAUCCAGGAGCCUCAAUUAUACGCGUACAAAUUCCCGCCGAAGAGCCCGAAGGUGCCUGGGGAUUCGAAGGCGAGAUGAUGGAAUGAGAUAUGUUGAAAUGGAUCGAUGACCGAGGGUUGACAACUAUGGCUGAUGGAACUUGCUUGGCGUGGACCUUGCUUGGGGUUUUUGCAUUGUUGCAAUUCUAUUUUGUACUUUGUUGUUCUGACAAUUUUAUUCAUUGAUCCAUCGACGUUGUGAUCUUGAGCCUCGAUACUGCGCCUUUCCAUCACCACAACCAUUUUUACCAGUGAUGUCUAAGCUCCGUUUCAGGUUUCCUCUCCCUCGACGAGCAAAAAGACGCGCCGACACUUGGCUUCACCUCGAUCCACACAAGAUUCUGCGCAGGAAGACCAACUAUUUCCUCUUCUUUCCAACAACCAUCCCUCUCAAAGCAGCCCUUUCCUCGCUAACUCGAUUUUCCUCCCCGCCUCACCCGCCUUG